GUCCAGUUCCUCCAUGCAGUCUGCGCUCCAAGCCCGCCAAUCUUGCAACGACUUUUUCCCGCGCCCUCCCUCCCCUCCCCGCGCCUUCUUCUCGCCGGACACGCGCACGCCACGGCACGGAGAAGUGCACCCGCCGUGGAAUAUGAAUCUCGCCCCGGACUGUCCGCCGCACUCGGCACGGGAGCGUCGUCCGCCCUCUUCCUCUACCUCUUUGCAUGUCUUUCCCGCCCCCUUUUCCCGCCACGGAUGUCUCUCAACACUUUCUGAGGGACGCGCGUCAGGAAAAAUGAGGAUUAAUAUUUUCUUCUGGCACUUUCUGGGCUGCUGCUCCGUCUUCUGGGGCUCGGCGGCGGGAGCCUUCCCCAGCUCGGUGCAGAUCGGCGGGUUGUUCAUCAGGAAUACUGAUCAGGAGUACACGGCCUUUCGACUGGCCAUCUUCCUCCACAACACCAGCCCCAAUGCCACGGAAGCCCCCUUCAACCUGGUGCCGCACGUGGACAACAUCGAGACGGCCAACAGCUUCGCCGUCACCAACGCGUUCUGCUCUCAGUAUUCCAGGGGAGUCUUCGCCAUCUUCGGCCUUUACGACAAGCGCUCGGUCAACACGCUGACGUCCUUCUGCGGGGCGCUGCACAUCAGCCUGGUGACCCCCAGUUUCCCCACGGAGGGCGAGGCUCAGUUCACGCUGCAGCUGCGGCCGUCCAUCAGGGGCGCUCUGCUGUCGCUGCUGGAUCACUACGACUGGAGUCGCUUCGUCUUCCUCUACGACACAGACCGAGGUUACGCAAUCCUGCAGGCAAUCAUGGAGAGAGCCGGGCAAAACGGCUGGCAGGUGAGCGCAAUCUGCGUGGAGAGUUUCAACGAAGCCGGGUAUCGGCGACUCCUGGAAGACCUGGAUCGACGUCAGGAGAGGAAGUUUGUGAUCGACCUGGAACUGGAGCGGCUGCAGAGCAUGCUGGAGCAGGCCGUCAGCGUGGGAAAACACGUCAAAGGCUACCAUUACAUCGUCGCAAACCUGGGAUUCAAGGACAUUUCUCUGGAGAGGUUCAUGCACGGCGGGGCCAACGUGACCGGUUUCCAGCUGGUGGACUUCAGCAAGCCCAUCGUCAUCAAACUGAUGCAGCGUUGGAACAAACUGGAUCAGAGAGAAUAUCCUGGAUCAGAAAGUCCACCCAAGUACACCUCCUCUCUCACAUACGACGGCGUGUUAGUGAUGGCCGAGGCCUUCCGCACUCUCCGACGUCAGAAAGUCGACAUCAGCCGCCGCGGCAACGCCGGCGACUGCUUGGCCAACCCCGCCGCUCCCUGGAACCAAGGAAUAGACAUGGAGCGAGCGCUCAAACAGGUGCGCAUUCAGGGCCUGACCGGCAACAUCCAGUUUGACCACUUUGGCCGGAGAGUCAACUACACCAUGGACGUCUUUGAACUGAAGAGCAAUGGACCCCGCAAGAUCGGCUACUGGAACGACAUCGACAAGCUGGUGCUGGUGCAGAACGAGAACGCCUUGUCCAACGACAGCUCAGCCAUGGAGAACCGGACUGUGAUCGUGACCACCAUCAUGGAGGGUCCCUACGUGAUGCUGAAGAAGAACUGGGAGAUGUACGAAGGCAACGAGCAGUUCGAGGGUUACUGCGUGGACUUGGCCUCGGAGAUCGCCAAACACAUCGGAAUCAAAUACAAGAUCUCCAUCGUGCCCGACGGGAAAUACGGAGCCAGGGACCCCGAGACUAAGAUCUGGAACGGCAUGGUGGGGGAGCUGGUUUAUGGGAAAGCGGAGAUCGCGGUGGCCCCGCUCACCAUCACUCUGGUCAGGGAGGAGGUGAUCGACUUCUCCAAGCCCUUCAUGUCUCUGGGGAUCUCCAUCAUGAUUAAGAAGCCUCAGAAGUCCAAACCGGGCGUCUUCUCCUUCCUGGACCCGCUGGCCUACGAGAUCUGGAUGUGCAUCGUCUUCGCUUACAUCGGCGUCAGCGUGGUUCUCUUUCUGGUGAGUCGCUUCAGUCCAUACGAGUGGCACGCUGAGGAACCGGAGGAGGGAACCACGGAGCUGGGACCUGCAGACCAACCUCCCAACGAGUUUGGCAUCUUCAACUCGCUCUGGUUCUCACUGGGAGCCUUCAUGCAACAAGGCUGCGACAUCUCACCACGGUCUCUGUCGGGGCGCAUAGUGGGCGGCGUGUGGUGGUUCUUUACCCUGAUCAUCAUCUCGUCUUACACAGCCAACCUGGCCGCCUUCCUCACCGUGGAGAGGAUGGUCUCCCCCAUCGAGAGUGCGGAGGACUUGGCCAAGCAGACGGAGAUCGCCUACGGGACGCUGGACUCGGGGUCCACCAAGGAGUUCUUCAGGCGCUCCAAAAUCGCGGUGUACGAGAAGAUGUGGUCCUACAUGAAGUCGGCCGAGCCCACCGUCUUCACCAAGACCACGGCGGAGGGUGUGGCCCGGGUGCGCAAGUCCAAGGGGAAGUACGCCUUCCUCCUGGAGUCCACCAUGAACGAGUACACGGAGCAGCGCAAGCCCUGCGACACCAUGAAAGUGGGCGGGAACCUGGACUCCAAAGGAUACGGGAUCGCCACACCCAAAGGCUCCCAGUUAAGAACCCCGGUAAACCUUGCCGUUUUGAAACUGAGCGAAGCAGGCGUCUUAGACAAACUGAAAAACAAAUGGUGGUAUGACAAGGGCGAGUGUGGACCCAAGGACUCUGGAAGUAAGGACAAGUCGUCCCAGGCCCUGAGCCUGUCCAACGUGGCCGGGGUCUUCUACAUCCUGGUGGGCGGCCUGGGCCUGGCCAUGCUGGUGGCGCUGGUGGAGUUCUGCUACAAGUCGCGGGCCGAGGCCAAGCGCAUGAAGCUGUCGUUCUCUGAAGCCAUGCGGAACAAGGCCCGUCUUUCCAUCACAGGAAGCGUGGGGGAGAACGGCCGUGUUCUGACGCCGGACUGCCCCAAAGCAGUGCACACAGGCCACGCCUCCCUCCGCCGCCCCGGCCUUGCAGUGGUCUCUUCCGGACUGCCCUAAAAACCAAAAAAAAACACAACCCGCCGUGCCUUAGUGACACACAAACAUGCAGACUCUCGCACUGGAGGAUCACUCGCAUAUCCGAGACUCAUCCUUUUCUUCUUGCCUCAUUUAUUUUACUUGAGAAAGUGAAAUACGUCACGGACUGAACAACCUUGUUUUUCCUUUUUCCAGUUCUGGAGGAUCCAGAGCCACCACGUAUCAAAACUCUGAGCUUAAUCGUCCCAAUCGGACAGUCUCGGCCAGUAAAACCACACCCCUCAACGACGCCUUACAAAGACUAAAACUUUCUGUUCAUCCAGGCCUGCGAAAGACUCGCGACCAGGCUCGUCGUCCACUUAGAAGACCAGAAAACUGUAAGCUUGAACUCUCGGACUGUGCAAACUUUGCCAUGGACUCCUCAAAAUGAAGGACAACGAUUUCUUACUCUUCACGUAGGACGAUUCUCUGGCUCAAAGCAGCUCCGACCUAGCGUAAGUCCAGUAUGUGGCCGACGCGGGCCACAGAAUCCACAAGGGGUUUGGGUCGGAAACAAAUCUGUAGUCUUUCGUCAAUAGCUUCAUGAUCUAGGAUUGCUAAUUAGGUGAGUAUCACUAUUUGCUGCAAGAGUUCCGCUGUAUGUACAAAGACGAUACGGAAAGGAAAGGGAAGACAUCAAUCGAGUCCUCAGUACUCAUGGAAGUUUGGAAAUAACCAAAGCCCCCAGGUAGUUGACCUCGGUCUCUUCAGACAAACAAGCCGUUUUAGACUUCAGUCUCCCAGGGCACACUCACAUUAGACUUUUUUGCACUUCAAAAAAGUCCAGUUUGUUUUGACUGGUACUCCAAUCUGUAUUGAAGACCGGUAUCAGUCCCAGCGUACCGGACUCACACCCACCAGUAGUGAAUGAUAAUCACCACCUCGCCCCGCGUGGUAGGAAGGGAUGGCACACUGUACAUACCUGUGCUGACGGAUGUGUGAGUGUGCCCUCCGUCAGCUCUAGUCCGGAGUCAUAGAACCUGAUCAGUCUCGUCACAGGCGACAUUUUCAGACUGUGGCGUAGUGGCUACUGUACUUUGGAGCGGGGAAAAGCUGUGUCAGUUCAGGGGUCUACCGUCUAUCGAGGUGACUUCCAAUGGGGACUCUACGUAGAAGUCUGCCACAGUCCUAGGAUUUCGUAGAAAUGUCCCCAUGCCUUCAGAACAGUACCAAAAACUGUGCAGUGUUUUGUUUGGUUUUAUGUGCGGACUCUGUUUCUCCGUUCUUUCAGCAUUUCUCGCUUUUAGGGGCCAGCAUUGAGUAAACGGUCAUUCUGGUCAGAACCAAUCCGCGGGAACUGGUACCGUCUUUGUCUUUACUGAAAGGCCUACUGAAAGCCACUACUAGCGACCACGCAGUCUGAUAGUUUAUAUAUCAAUGAUGAAAUAUUAACAUUGCAACACAUGCCAAUACGGCCCGGUUAGGUUACUAAAUUGCAAUUUAAAAUUUAGUUCCAGCAUCGUUCCCAGCUAUAAGUCGUCGGUUUUCAUCGCAAAAAUCCACAGUAUUCUGUACGAUCGUGUUCCUGAAUCUUUUGCAAUUUGUCCAAUGAAUAAUGGAGACAUCAAAGAAGAAAGCUGUAGGUGGGAAGCGGCGUAUUGCGGCCGCCUUUAGCAACACAAACACAGCCGGUGUUUACAUUCGCAAAAGAUGACGGUGAAGCUAUACUACGGAACAGAGCAGUCAAGCAAACACGGUCGGAUUGGACCACACACACAAAAUACAGUGUAUUAUGCAGCGAUCAUUUCGAAAGAUCGUGUUUCGAAGAGGGUCCCUUGCGAAGGGUAAAGAUGGGCAUCGCCACCACCCGUCGACUGGUGCUGGAGAAAGGUGCGGGGCCGACUUUCAGGUUGUACAGGUACGACCAUAUAAUCUCACUAAAACACUAGUAACACAAUAAGCAGAUAAGGGAUUUUCCAGAAUUUGUUCAAUGAAUAAUGGAGACAUCAAAGAAGAAAGCUGUAGGAGGGAAGCGGCGUAUUGCGGCCGCCUUUAGCAACACAAACACAGCCGGUGUUUACAUUCGCAAAAGAUGACGGUGAAGCUAUACUACGGAAAAGAGCAGUCAAGCAAACACGGUUGGAUUGGACCACACACACACACAAAAUACAGUGUAUUAUACAGCAAUCAUUUCGAAAGAUCGUGUUUCGAAGAGGGUCCCUUGCGAAGGGCAAAGAUGGGCAUCGCCACCACCCGUCGACUGGUGCUGGAGAAAGGUGCGGGGCCGACUUUCAGGUUGUACAGGUACGACCAUAUAAUCUCACUAAAACACUAGUAACACAAUAAACAGAUAAGGGAUUUUCCAGAAUUUGUUCAAUGAAUAAUGGAGACAUCAAAGAAGAGAGCUGUAGGUGGGAAGCGGCGUAUUGCAGCCGCCUUUAGCAACACAAACACAGCCGGUGCUUACAUUCGCAAAAGAUGACGGUGAAGCUAUACUACGGAACAGAGCAGUCAAGCAAACACGGUUGGAUUGGACCACACACACACAAAGUACAGUGUAUUAUGCAGCGAUCAUUUCUAAAGAUUGUGUUUCGAAGAGGGUCCCUUGCGAAGGGCAAAGAUGGGCAUCGCCACCACCCGUCGACUGGUGCUGAAGAAAGGUGCGGGGCCGACUUUCAGGUUGUACAGGUACGACCAUAUAAUCUCAUUAAAACACUGGUAACACAAUAAGCAGAUAAGGGAUUUUCCAGAAUUAUCCUAGUAAAUUUGUCUAAUAACGUCUGAAUCGUUCCCAAUGUAUAGUCGUUUUUUUUUCUAGUCCUUCAC